CUAUUUCAACCAUCGUCCGAUUUUAAAAGGAAUAGCGAUUGUUAUUUGAGUGUGAUUUGCUCACAGCAGAAAAUGGUACAUUUGGGGAUUGGAGGUCAAUUCAAUCCUGGCGAUGCCGCAAUCUAUUAUUUCCCAACCACAUCUGAAGAUGAAAUCAAUUUCAUGGAAUCCAAGAAGAUGAUUAUGAUGCAGAAAAGGGAUGUCGUCCUUACGGCUGUCUUCUCGAGUCUCAUUGCGAUCCUGUUGAUAGUCGGCAUAGCUGCAGCCUGCUACUUUUAUCACAAACGACGUCGUAAGCAGGAAGACGAUUUCGAUGACGACUCUCCCGAAGGCGGUCAGUGCUCCAGGGUAGAAACAUCAGUUCCAACGAAAAAGUCGAAGCUGAACGGUUUCUUGUCACUGAAGACGCCCCUGAUAAGCACCAAGACAUUAGGAGCACAAUUAGAUUCCUUUUCUAGAACUACCGGAAAUGCACCCCAAGCAAAAUCACCAGCUGGAAGCAGCACAGGUGCGCUGCCACCAGAGGCAAGGACGCCCACAGCGUCCAACAAGGCUCUACAGAAUGUCAAGGGGGACCACCCAUCGGUAAGCCAGGAUAUGGCGUUCUUGCAGAACAGGUCGAUCUCUCUCGUGGACAUGUACAUCGACAAUUCAGAACCCUCUGAAAACGUCGGCCAAAUACAUUUCUCUCUCGAAUACGAUUUCCAGAAUACGACUCUUAUUCUCAAGAUUAUACAGGGAAAAGACCUCCCAGCCAAGGACCUUUCUGGCACUAGCGAUCCUUAUGUGCGGGUCACGUUACUGCCUGACAAGAAGCAUCGUCUUGAGACCAAAAUAAAGAGAAGAACGCUCAAUCCAAGAUGGAACGAAACCUUUUAUUUCGAAGGUUUUCCAAUUCAGAAACUACAAUCGAGAGUCUUACAUCUACACGUAUUUGACUACGAUAGAUUUUCCAGAGAUGAUUCUAUUGGAGAAGUGUUCUUACCCCUUUGUCAGGUCGAUCUGAGUGAGAAACCCUCCUUUUGGAAGGCUUUGAAGCCACCAGCAAAGGACAAAUGCGGAGAACUACUCACCUCACUGUGCUAUCAUCCUAGCAACAGCAUCUUGACGUUGACGUUACUCAAAGCCAGAAAUCUCAAGGCCAAAGAUAUUAACGGCAAAAGUGAUCCCUACGUAAAAGUUUGGCUGCAAUUCGGAGAUAAGCGCAUAGAAAAACGCAAGACAGCAGUAUUCAAAUGCACCCUCAAUCCUGUCUUCAAUGACACCUUCUCCUUCAACGUACCCUGGGAAAAAAUAAGGGAAUGCUCGCUUGAUGUUAUGGUGAUGGAUUUCGACAAUAUAGGAAGAAACGAACUGAUUGGUAGGAUACUUCUGGCAGGUAAAAACGGCUCCGGUGCCUCUGAAACAAAGCAUUGGCAGGACAUGAUCACGAAGCCGAGGCAAACAAUUGUUCAGUGGCAUAGAUUGAAGCCGGAAUAGAUGCUUCAUCACCCCAUCAUUGAAUUCCAAAAAUCCGCCAAACGCACACGCGUAAUGAAGCAGUUUUCGUGAAACAUUUCUUCCUCCAAUAAAUGAACUGAUUAUGGGUGUCCGGAAUUUAGUAACCUCAUUCUGUCAAUGGGGCGAUAAGUAUUUUUUGUGAUACCUUAACAAGUAGUGUCUAUAAUCAUUGAUAAUGUGAAAAUUCUUGAGAUACGUAGAUCUCAAAAAUCCGAUGUUUUAGAGGGGAGAGAGAGGUUAUUCAUUUCUAUAUUAUAUCAAUACAGUUAGAGAGCGGUAUUCAGAUAAUAGUUACAUAUUAGCGAAGUUAGGUACAUAUCAAUGUUACCAGAAAACAGAUAAAUAUAUAAAACGUUCUACUUCUUUAGUAACAAAAAAUAUGGUUAUAUUAGUUCUAGAAAGGAAAAUUAGCAAGGCCAAAUAUGUUUUAAUUUUAGACAUAAAAUUGUGUGUUAUUCGUAUACCACAUGAAACCAGGAAAAUUCAAUGAGCUGCAGCAUUUCUAGAGGCCAAAUACAAAAAAAAAAUUACUUCAAUUUCCAUGUGAAGCACUAUAUUUAACCCACCGGUGGUACCCAACUGUAUGUCAUAAAUCUCAAAUGCCAUUAUUUAUAUCGACGGAAACAAAGCAGUACCUACCUCGUAACUCACAUUUUCGGGAAUUUCAGAUUUUAUAUUUAGCGCUUUUAAAAUUUGUUUAUACAGUAUAUAUCUAUUAGAAUUUUUAUUUUUUAUUAUUUAUUUUAUUUAUUCUAUUUAUUUUAUUUUAUUUAUUUUAUUUUAUUUUAUUUAUCUUAUUUUAUUUUUAUUAUUCAUUAUUGAAUUUAUUUAGUCUUGUAUAUAAAUUUUGCCAACUUCGGUCAGUAUUUGCUCUCUUUACAUAUAUUUUUCUGAAAAACAAGAUUUUGUAGUUACGAGGAACUAUUUUGUAGCCGUCGAUUGUUUAUGUGAUAAUCUGCUUGAAUGUUAUUUGAAUUCUUUAACCAUUCCAAAAACCCCAAUAAUUAUAAUGAAAGUGUUUCCAAUUUAAUGAAAAACUCAUUUGAAAUGGGAGACUAGUGAUUUUGACUCCAAAUAAAUUGAGAACAAAAAACACAGUAAUUAUGAUUUUGACAAAAAAUUUAAAAUGUUAUUAUUCCUUCAUAUCUCACCUCUGUGCUAUAAAACUGUUGAAUCAAGUGAUUACUGUAACCAGUGCCGUAUCUAGGGCGUGGCAAAGGUGGCACUUGCCACGGGCGCAAGGUUCGUAGGGGCGCCCAAAAAUAUCAAAAGAAAAAAAUAUUGGAGCACCAGGCAAUAUAAAAACCGAAAACAACGGGUAAGUGUAUACCGAUGACGAAUGCAAAAAUCACAGAUGGCAGAUAGGAGCGACGCCGACAAAGCAGAUAGAUAAAGGAAAAUAAUAAAUCUCGGACGAAGACGAGCUCGUAGUGCAAUAAAAGUACUAAUCUUGAUAGCGAUAAUGAACUCAUAAACCGUGUCGAUUUCAAAAGAGAAUAAAAUAAUUAUUCGUUUAUUUUAUGGAAAAAUUUUCGUUCUCCGUCUUUGCGAAUUCUUAAACUUUAUAUUUUAAAAAUCUUGUUAGUAUUUCUUCGCCGAACGGUAUCAUUUAUUUUGUGUGAAGUUUUCUUUUUUUUGUUACAAUUUUAUAACGAUCGGUUUUUUAAUUCUUGAGGAGUUAUCUCUAUAUCUGUAUAUAAAAUGUGUAUUUCAAUAAAAAUAAGUAAAAAUUUACAUGGUGUUUAUGAAUAUUUGCGAAAAAAAUUAGGGGAUGAUUUCCUGUAAAAAAAUAGGGUGGGUCUUUCAUUUAAACUUUUUUCAGCCCCUUCGCGCUAAUUAUAACUCCCCAAAGAUGUCAAUCAAAAAGUUGUUCUUUAUUUUUUCUUCAAAACAAAAGACAUUUAAAGAAAUUAUUGGUGGUGUUCCUUUAUGAUUUCAAGGAGUAGAAAAAGCCACCCCUCAAACUUUUUCCACAAGAACUUUUUCUUUAUUCAUAUUUUACAAUAAGAAAAUUAAUUUUGGAUAGAUUGCUCCAUUCUUAACGAAUAAUAUCUUUUGUAAUUUUUUCCUAAAAUUCACAGUUUUUGAGAAAAAAAAAUCAACACAUAAUACGCCUGAAUUGUGGAGGUUUGAAUUAUUUUCGACCUCAAAUAUAUCCAAUAGGCAGAUGUCAAAACAAUAUUCAUAUUGAGAACAGGUACAGAUAUAAAAUGAAUGUAAUAAAAAAAAAACGAUCAAAAACUUUUCACAAAAAAAGGCCCACCAAAUAUUUUGACAAGGAAUCGCUUCAUGAAUUUUUCCGCAACUAAUUCAUAUACCCCAUAUAAUAUUGUGUAUUAUGUUAAAACUGUAACGAAAAUAUAUGAUUCAAAUUAUGAACACAAUAAUUACUAUAAGAAAAUAUAAUGGAUGAAAAAAAUUUUCGAAAAUGGGGGGCGCUGUCUAAUAUAUUGCCACAGGCGCAAUAGUACCUAGAUACGGCUUUGACUGUAACUUUUGAACAAGAUUAUUAGCUUUUUUAAUUUGAUUAUAUAUGGUGCACAAAUAGUUAAUAAAUUUUGAAAUAAAAUUGAGGCAGAGGAAAUUAUGGUGGUAUGGAACACCCUGUAAAUGAGAGGGGCUUUCCCAGAAAAUUUUAGAGGCCGAAUAAUCUUGAAAUUGAAAAACAUAUAGAUCGUUGUCAAGGUUCCUGACAAAAUUUAUAGCCAUUCGAGCAAUUCAUUCCGAAACAAAACAAAAAUAUAAUAAAAUUUACAAAUGGUUAUUGAUCUAUACCAUCUUUUGUUUUCCUUCACAAGGAAAUUGAAGAGCAAUGCUAAAAUCAGGGCAUAUCUCCUUAGAAAGUCUUGUUUGUUUCUGCAGAAUCUUUCUAUGAAACUAUGAUAUGUAUGGAAGAACCAUCUAUACACAUGUAUAUACAUCCAGAAAUUCGAAAAAUUGAAAUGGAUUCUUUUUCAUAGAAAAACAACAUCGGACUAUAAUUAUUUCUGUUCGAAACUUUCGUUGCUUUCAAUAUCAAUGCUAAACAACUAUAGUGAAAGUAUCACUGUAAGCAGUUGUCUUGGUGUUCUCUGUUGUAAGAUAUUUCACUCGUUUCUACUAAAAUAUAGAGAAGGUCUGGGUCGUGAAUUGCAGGAGAUAUCCAGCAAAAAUCCAAAUGACAGAAAUGUAUAAUUCUUGCUUCUCUCAUUGUGGAAUAUAUAAAACUCACAUAAAGAAAAGUAGCGGACGCUUUUUCUAAAUGUAAAAUGCUUUCUCCUGAAAUUUGAGAUUCCCAUUUGCAGAGUAGAAAGGUAUAUUUGAAAGAAACCACACUGUAGUGCCUGAAUGAAACGUAUCGAUAAGGAGGAAUGACAUUUGAGUAAUGGUGAAAAUGAGGACUAGGUUAACGGUUAAUUUUUGUGUGUUGCUUGAACCCAUUGAAGAUGAUUAACGUCAUCAUAUCCUCGUUUUAGCUGAUUAAAUUGUAUUAAAUAUAUAACUCGAAGAUCUCAUGUGAUGUUUCUUCAAAGAUUGCAAGAUGAAAUAUAUAUUAAGGAUUAUUCAGAAAACAAUAUCUCCAAAGCAAUAACUACGAUCGUAGAUAUAAUUUGGAGUCUAUAUGAAUUGAUAAUGUUUUCUUGUUGAAUGAUCACAGAUCCAAGCCAAAGUAAAAUUUCAAAAUAAAAUGAAAUUUAUAUUUAUAUUCAAAUGAUUAUUGCUGAAUUCUGUUAAGUCUAUUCAGACAUUUAAUGAAAAAUGUUGCUGAUUAACGAGAAUAUAAAUAAAUAGGAAUAAGAACAAAAACAAAACAAAAAAGAUGUAUGUUAACUGUAACAAUUAAGUGAGAUGUCGAUGUGAAAUGUUCAUUGAAUGUAUGUAAAUAAAUGUUAGUUUGUAGUGAGAUUUACCCGUAUGUGAAACCAUUUAGUGAUUUGAAUAAACGUAUUUCAUUUAA